CAGACGAGGCCACCAGUGUCAAACGAACCCUGCGAGCGAGAGGUGUGCCGCGUCCGUGCUCGACCUUAUAUAUGCCUUACCAGGUGGAGGACGAGGGCGACAUGGAGGAGGAGGAAGCGCGGAUAAGCGUGGUGGACGUCUACGACCUGGCCAGCGAGAUCGGGAAGGAGUUCGAGAAGAUCAUCGACCGGACGGGGGCAGAUGCGGUGACGGGUCUGAUGCCGCGGGUGAUCAGCGCCCUGGAGCACCUGGAGAAGCUGGCGACGAGGCACGAGAACACGUCCGCCUACAUCCAGGAGCUGAGGACGACCAUCGCCCACCUGGAGAACGAGAAGAUCGGCAAGGCGGAGGACAGGCAGCGAUACGAGAGGGAGCUUGAGGAUAUCGAGGACCGUCUUCGCGAGGAGAGUCAUGAGUUGGUGGCCAUGGUGGCGCGGCUCCAGGACGAAAACCGCAAGCUGUCCUCUUCGCUGGCCAAGACCGAGGGAACGCUUAUACACUCCAACGGCGCCACCCCCGAGGUCGACCUGAAGGUGGUGAAACAGCUACAGGAGGUCAUUGAGAGCCAGCGAGAGCAGCUUCACAAGACGGAGAAGGAGGCGCAUCUCAAGACCACGGAGCUGGACAACCUCAAGUCCCAGCUGGAGAAGGUGAACCACAUCAACCGCGAGCUUCGGCGGCGGCAGCGUACGAGCGUCUCCCAAAUGCGGAGCCUCAUCGACGAGCGCGCGGAGCUUCAGGCGGCGCUGCAGGAGGAGGCGCGCGAGGUGGCCGUCCUCAGGCAGCGGCUCGGACUGGCGCAGAAGGAGAAUGAGGACCUGGUGACUUACAGUACCGAGGCGCCGGACCUGACCAACAAGCUCGUGUAUGACCGCGACGACCCCAACCGGCCUCGCUUCACCAUGACGGAACUUAAGGAAAUUCUCUACGAACGCAACGAACUGAAGGCGCGCGUCUCAGACCUGGAGGACGAGCUUCAAGUGUUCCGGCCAAGGUCACAGCGGCAAAAAAGCCAUAUUCUGUGCCCACCUCUGGAUGACCUGGAUGACGGCCGGGUGACCUCCUCCACCACCACCACCACCACCACUGACCUCACCCCCCCUCCCUCUCUCUCCGACUCUCUCCCCAUCUCAGAGGAAGUUGGGGACGAGGAGGAUGAGGAGGAGGAGCUGGAGGAUGCCCCGGUUCAAGGACCCCUCCCCUAUGAACCUGAUGAUGCCCCAUGGAAGAAGGAGGAGAGUGGCAUUCGGAAGUUGUUAAGCCGCCUGACCCCACACCUUAACGAGUCCCUCUCACCUGUGGCCGCUCGCAGUUUCCGGCGCCUGUUCGGGGACGAAGGGAUGGGAGGCGCCCCGUCGACCACCUCCCCAGGAGCCGCCCCGCCCCGCCCCUCCACCUCCCCAAAGAAGCAUCUCCUGGGGCUGACGCGACCCUGAACGUUGCCCUGGGUCCAGUGUGGCUGGUGCUAGGGGCUGAACGGGGGCUGAGAGGGGGCUAGAAAGGGGGCUGAAGGGGGCUAUUGGAGACUAGAAAUGGGCUGAAAGACUAUAUUUGGGGGCUAGUUAUAUAUGGGCAACAGAAAGGGCUAAAUUUUGGGAAGAGUAAGGGUCUGAAAGGCUAUAUUUGGGGGCUAGUUAUAUAUGGACUACAGAAAGGGCUAAAUUUUGGGAAGAGAAGAGGCUGAAAGGGGGCUAGAGGGGGCUAUAUUUAGAUUACUGAGAGAUAUUUAUUUGGGGUACAGAGGGGGCUAAAUUUGAGGCUACGGAAAGGGCUAGAGGCCUAUAUUUUGGGGUAUUGAAAGAUCUGUAUUGGUUGUAUAGAAAGGGCUAAAUUUUGGGAAGAGCAAGGGCUGAAAGGGGCUACAGAAAGGACUAAAUAAGCCUACAUUUGGGUUUUUUGAAAGAUCUGUAUGUUGAUUAGAGAAAGGGCUGAAUUUGGGGUAGGGAAAGGGUUAGGAAGAGGACAUUGGGAAAGGCCUUUAUUUAUGAAUGGGCUGGUAGUACUGAUGAUGAUGAUGAUGAUUGACCCCUGCCCCCUGACCCCCCUUCAAGCCCCCUCCAGCCCUCACCCCCCCACCCACCCCCUGACCCUCACCCCCACACUGGAAGAAAAAAAAAGUAUAUUCUUAUGUGUCAAAAUAUCCCCUCCUGUUUCUUCCCUCCCUCCCUCCACCUUUUUCCUCCUCCUCCUCCUCCUCCUCCUCCUCCACCCUUUCCCUCCACCCAUAACUGUCUCUCCCUACUACUACUACUACUACUACUACUACUACCACUGAAGAAUAAAUUGUGGUAGAAGAAGAAGAAGAAGAAGAAGAAGAAGAUGAAGAAGAAGAAGAAGAAGAAAAAAAGAAGAAAUUUGAAGAGGAGGAGGAGGAGGAGGAGGAAGAGAGAUCGAAGAAGAAAAAGAAGAAGAAAAACGUUGCUAAAAAUCACCCUUGUUUACGUUUGUGUGUGUGUGUGUGUGUGCGUCCGUUUGUGCGACCUUAAAUACACACACACACACACAAACAAACAAACAAACAAAUUAUCGCAGUAUAUAUUAACAACAAAAAAAAUAUCAAACAUCACUAACUCAACAUCAUAUAAAUUCUCCGUUCGAAAUUCUCGCUUUUUUUUUGCAUUAUAAUUCUGUGUUUGUGCGUGCGUUUGUCCGUUUGUCCCCGUUUGUUAAGUCCAAGACAGAUUUAUUGGCUUUAUGUAUGUGUGUACGUAUUCUCAUGUGCGUAUUGCCCUGUGUGCGUCUGUGUGUGUGUGUGUGUUUGAUCCACACACACACACAUAAACACACACACAAGUUGUAUUAUUCUCAAAGAUGUUUUACUGAAUGUGUGUGUGUGUGUGUGUGUGUCUGUACGUUUUUUUCUAUGUCUACACACACACACACGCACACACACACACACACACACACUUACAUACAUUUGAAAGAAUAUAUGUAUAAAAUAUUUAGAGGAGGAGGAGGAGGAGGAGGAGGAAGGAGAAGAGGAAGAGUAUUAGCAUUAGUAUUAGGAAGAAUUUUAUAUAUUAUGCUUUAACGAGGAGGAGGAGGAGGAGGAGGAGGAAGAGGAGGAGGAGGAGAAAAUGGAGAGAAAGAGUAAAAAGUGAGGUGCUUGAAUUUAUUGGGGAGAGAGAGAGAGAGAGAGAGAGAGAGAGAGAGAGAGAGAGAGAGAGAGAGAGAGAGAGAGAGAGAAUAAAAGAGAAUAAGAGAGAGAGAAAGAGAGAGAUAACUCCACUUAUUUGAGGCUAAUGAGAAAGAAAACAAGAAAAAAAAACAAAAUAAAAAUGAACCUAAGACAAAGUAUAAACGAAAUGAUUAAACAAAAAAUCGCUAGACUCCGUAACCAAAGCGUUUGUACCACUGAGCCAGCAGCAUCCCGCCACCUCCCUCCUCCCAGCAUCCCUCGGCCCUCAUAUCCCACCCUGAGCAUCUCCACACACUCUCCAGGGCCAGUCUGUGCCUCUCUCUUCUCCCGGCAAUUAUAAUUAGUAUAAUUCACCAACCGUGAUUAUGUCCACAAUACUAUUAUUCAGGGGAGGGUCAGGGGCGUCGGACGACCCCCCAUCUACUAAAAGGUCCACUUUCUGAAAAGUCAAAAUGAGAAACUGGGAUGAAAAGUUCCAGUGUUUUGUUUUGACAGCAGGAAAUGCACCAGAAAUGUAAGUUUUUCAAAAUCCAGAACCCCUCCAGCUGAUCUGGCUCGCCUGGCUCACCACACGCUCCCCUUCUCGUGGCCAUGAAGGUCCACACUACUGGAAAAAGGAUGAACAGCUGGGUGGCCUCCAUGCCGAAUGCCCAGGGCAGGAUUCAAACCCAGGCCCACAGAAAUAUAGCUAGGCACACUACCCACUGCACCACGGGCACUAGUAUGCUUAUAUUGCCCUUCUUUACGAGAGUGCCGGGAGAUGCUCAGAGGGGAGGAGGAGUGCCGAGCGGAGCCAGGAAAAACGAACCCUUUGUGACACUGGCUUUAGUCUGUGUGUUUGUCUGUGUCUGUGUGUCUGUGUUAGCUUUGUAGGCCUAGCGACAAGGAGGAGGAGGAGGAGGAGGAGGAGGUGAUAGGUAGAUUACAUAGGUUCAAUAGAUGAGUUAUAUUUUGUGAAUUUUUAGACGAAUUAUUAUGUAAAGAUUAUUAUUAUUAUUAUCAAGGAGAGAGAGAGAGAGAGAGAGAGAGAAGAGAGAAGAGAGAGAGAGAGAGAGAGAGAGAGAGAGAGAGAGAGAGAGAGAGAGAGAGAGAGAGAGAGAGAGAGAGAGAGAGAGAGAAGACUAGAGAUUGUUAUGUAUAAACUUAAAACAUACAUACAUACAUACAUACACAUAUAUACACACACACACACACACACACACACAUACACGGUUUCUCUCUCUGUGUGCGCAUUCAUACCUACAUGUGUGUAUUGCUUUGUGUACAUACUAGCAGGUGUGUGUGUGUGUGUGUGUGUGUGUGUGUGUGUGUGAAACCAGUGCAACAAAACAACCACAGAACCACCCAUGUGCGUACACACACACACACACACACACACACACACUCACACACACACACACACACACACACACAACAGAGACAAUCAUGAAUGCCAUAUCCAUUUUUAAAGAGAGAGAGAGAGAGAGAGAGAGAGAGAGAGAGAGAGAGAGAGAGAGAGAGAGAGAGAGAGAGAGAGAGAGAGAGAGAGAGAGAGAGAGAGAGAGAGAGAGAGAGAGAGAGAGAGAGAGAGAGAGAGUUAACCUGCCAUCAAAUUUCUUUAACUAAAUCCACAUAAAAAGCUUUAAUUAGGAUAUAUUAGAUUAGCGUACAUGUGUGUGUGUAUGUGUGUGUGUGUGUAUGUGUGUGUGGUGUGUGUGCGUAUCUCUCUCCUUGUCUAUGUGCAUGUAUGUAUGUAUGUAUGUGUACUUUCAAUGUGCUUCCUAAACACACACACACACACACACACACACACACACACACACACACACACACACACACUUCUCGGACCAUUUAAUCUAAUAAUAAUAAUAAUAAUAAUAAUAAUAAUAAUAGAAUUUUCUAACAAGUUGUGAUCUUGAUAAGUAUUAGAGAGAGAGAAUAGAGAAAGUGAGAUUAGAGAGAGAGAUUAGAGAGAGAGAGAGAGAGCAAGGUUAGUGCCAAACAAACUAUACUAGAAAAAAAAAUAGAAAAAUAAUAAUAAUAAUAAUAAUAAUAAUAAUAAUAAUAAUAAUAAUAAUAAUAAUAAUAAUAGGUCAGUUUCAAUGUUAUUAUUAGUUAGAAAAAUGAAUAAUUACAUAGAAAAUUUAUUAUAUAGUUUUGUGUUAGAGAGAGAGAGAGAGAGAGAGAGAGAGAGAGAGAGAGAGAGAGAGAGAGAGAGAAAGUAUUAGAAAUAGCUUUAAUGUCUUUCUUGCUUUAAUAUUGUCUUGUCUUUGUUAGAGAGAGAGAGAGAGAGAGAGAGAGAGAGAGAGAGAGAGAGAGAGAGAGAGAGAGAGAGAGAUAAA